AGCCUGCUCGGAGCACCCUCCCCGCCACCCUUGUGCACAGGAAGGCCGGGCUAACCUGGCCUGGGUGCCUCCCGACAGCAGAAUGGACGAGGAAGGGCCGGAGUGCGGCAAACCCGACUUUGUGCUUUUGGACCAAGUGACCAUGGAGGACUUCAUGGAGAACCUCAAGCUCAGGUUCGAGAAGGGCCGCAUCUACACCUACAUCGGCGAGGUGCUGGUGUCCGUGAACCCCUACCAGGAGCUGCCCCUGUAUGGGCCUGAGGCCAUCGCCAAGUACCAGGGCCGCGAGCUCUAUGAGCGGCCACCACACCUCUAUGCUGUGGCCAAUGCCGCCUACGGGGCAAUGAAGCGCCGCUCCAGGGACACCUGCAUCGUCAUCUCAGGGGAGAGUGGGGCAGGGAAGACGGAAGCCAGCAAGCACAUCAUGCAGUACAUCGCCGCCGUCACCAACCCCAGCCAGAGGGCCGAGGUGGACAGGGUCAAGGACGUGUUGCUCAAGUCCACGUGCGUGCUGGAGGCCUUCGGGAACGCGCGCACCAACCGCAACCACAACUCCAGCCGCUUCGGCAAGUACAUGGACAUCAACUUCGACUUUAAAGGGGACCCCAUCGGGGGUCACAUUCACAGCUACCUGCUGGAGAAGUCUCGAGUCCUCAAGCAGCACGUGGGUGAACGGAACUUCCAUGCCUUCUACCAGGUGCUGCGGGGCUGUGAGGACACAGAGCUGCGGAACCUGCACCUGCAGAGGAACCCGGCCGUGUACAACUUCACUCGGCAGGGCGCAGGGCUCAGUCCCCUCGUCCUGCAGGCCUUGGAGAGCGACGAGAGGAGCCACUACCUGGCAGUGAUGGAAGCCAUGCGGGUGAUCGGCUUCAGUGCUGAGGAAGUGGGCUCUGUGCACCGGAUCCUGGCGGCCAUACUGCACCUGGGAAACAUCGAGUUUGUGGAGACCGAGGUGGCCGGGCUGGAGCAGGGGCACCUGGCCGUGGCUGAGGAGCUGCUGGUGGACCAUGUGGCCGAGCUGACGGCCACGCCCCGGGACUUGGUGCUGCGCUGCCUGCUGUCUCGUACGGUGGCCUCCGGAGGCAGGGAACUCAUUGAGAAGGGCCACACUGCGGCGGAGGCCAGCUAUGCCCGGGACGCCUGUGCCAAGGCAGUGUACCAGCGGCUGUUUGAGUGGGUGGUGAACCGGAUCAACGGUGUCAUGGAAACCCGGGGCCGGGACCCCCGGCGAGACGGCAAGGACACGGUCAUCGGUGUGCUGGACAUCUAUGGCUUUGAGGUGUUCCCUGUCAACAGCUUCGAGCAGUUCUGCAUCAACUAUUGCAACGAGAAGCUGCAGCAGCUCUUCAUCCAGCUCAUCCUGAAGCAGGAGCAGGAGGAGUACGAGCGGGAGGGCAUCGCGUGGCAGAGCGUGGACUACUUCAACAACGCCACCAUCGUGGAGCUGGUGGAGCGGCCCCACCGCGGCGUGCUGGCCGUGCUGGACGAGGCCUGCAGCGCCGCGGGCACCAUCACCGACCGCAUCUUCCUGCAGAGCCUGGACACGCACCACCGCCACCACCCGCACUACACCAGCCGCCAGCUCUGCCCUACAGACAAGACCAUGGAGUUUGGCCGAGACUUCCGGAUCAAGCACUACGCGGGCGACGUCACGUACUCGGUGGAGGGCUUCAUCGACAAGAACAGAGACCACCUCUUCCAAGACUUCAAGCGGCUGAUGUACAACAGCUCGGACCCCACCCUGCGGGCUAUGUGGCCGGAUGGGCAGCAGGACAUCACGGAAGUGACCAAGCGCCCCCUGACGGCUGGCACGCUCUUCAAGAACUCCAUGGUGGCUCUGGUAGAAAACCUGGCCUCCAAGGAGCCCUUCUAUGUCCGCUGCAUCAAGCCCAAUGAGGACAAGAUGGCUGCCAGGCUGGACGAGGACCACUGUCGCCACCAGGUCGUGUACCUGGGGCUGCUGGAGAAUGUGCGGGUGCGGAGGGCUGGCUUCGCUUCCCGCCAGCCCUACCCUCGAUUCCUGCUCAGGUACAAGAUGACCUGUGAGUACACGUGGCCCAAUCACCUGCUGGGCUCUGACAGGGCAGCCGUGAGUGCCCUCCUGGAGCAGCAUGGGCUGCAAGGGGACGUGGCCUUCGGUCACACCAAGCUCUUCAUCCGCUCGCCCCAGACUCUGGUCAUGCUGGAGCAGAGCCGUGCACGCCUCAUCCCCAUCAUCGUGCUGCUGCUGCAGAAGGCCUGGCGCGGCACGCUGGCCAGGCGGCGCUGCCGGCGGCUGCGGGCCAUCUACACCGUCAUGCGCUGGUUCCGGAGGCACAAGGUGCGCGCUCACCUGGCAGAGCUGCAGAGGCGGUUCCAGGCCGCGAGGCAGCCCCCCCACUACGGCCGAGACCUCGUCUGGCCGCCGCCCCCUGCGGUGCUGCAGCCGUUCCAGGACACCUGCCAGGCGCUGUUCUGCAGGUGGCGGGCCCGGCAGCUGGUGAAGAACAUCCCACCUUCAGACAUGGCCCAGAUCAAGGCCAAAGUGGCGGCCAUGGGGGUCCUGCAGGAGCUACGGCAGGACUGGGGCUGCCGGCGGGCCUGGGUCAGGGACUACUUGUCCUCUGCCAUGGACAACCCCACAGCCUCGGGCCUGUUCGCUGAGCGACUGAAGGCACUCCGUGAGAAGGACAGCUUUGGGGCUGUGCUGUUCUCCAGUCACGUGCGGAAGGUGAAUCGCUUCAACAAGAGCCGGGACCGGGCGCUCCUGCUCACUGACCGGCAUGUCUACAAGCUGGACCCCGGCCGGCAGUACCGCGUGAUGCGGGCCGUGCCCCUGGAAGCGGUGACCGGGCUGAGUGUGACCAGCGGGCGGGACCAGCUGGUGGUGCUGCACGCGCGGGGCCAGGACGACCUGGUGGUGUGUCUGCACCGCUCCCGGCCGCCGCUGGACAACCGCGUUGGGGAGCUGGUGGGCGUGCUGGCCGCGUACUGCCAGGGGCAGGGAAGGGUCCUGGAGGUCCGCGUCUCGGACUGCAUCCCCCUGAGUCAGCGCGGCGCCCGGCGCCUCGUCUCCGUGGAGCCCAAGCCGGAGCAGCCAGAGCCGGACUUCCGCUGCAGCCGCCGUGCCUUCACGCUCCUCUGGCCGAGCCGCUGACCUGUCCCGCCGCGCCCGGGCCGCCCUCCACGCCAGCCCCGCGCCGGACACCCGUGCG